UCAUUUCAGAUUUCAAAAAAGAAGUUUGUUUUUAUAGAAUCUUCAGAAUCUGAAUGCAAUUUUGUGUUAAAAAACUUGGGAGAUUAUCGUUUUUUUUAGUUUGUUCCCAUCUUCAGAUUGUGACCAGUUCUUCAAUGUCUUCAAACAAAUCCAAACGAUGGUUUUCCUCCGCCUUCGACACGGGUCCUUCCCCGGCACCGGUCAAACGAAGCGAUUCCGUCCCAAUGUCAACAACCACCCUCCCAGCCACAGCUCCUGCAACGAAGCGAUCCAAGUUAACCACUCGAACAAGCAUCUUCUCUCAACCAUCUUCAAAGAAGGAAUCUUCCGCUCAAUCCCGUGUUCCGGAUUGGUCCGUCGAUUUGGCACCGAAAAAGCUGGCGGACCUUGCGGUCCACCCCAAAAAGCUAGAGGAGAUACAGCACUGGCUCAAGACGUACGACCGCGUCAAGGGCACGGAACCGGUGGCGAUUCUGCUGAUUAGUGGACCACCGGGAUGUGGAAAGAGCACUGCGAUUAAGAUCGUCACGGAGGAGCUGGGCUACGAGGUCACGGAGUGGACCACCCCGGUCGAUGUGGACAUGUUCUUCCACGAUAAUUACGACUUUGAGGGUGGGCGAGAGGAGGUCACUUACAGGGAGAAUCGCAAGACUCAGUUUGAGAAGUUUUUGUACAAGAGCUCGCGAUAUUGUUCGAUUCUGGAAAUGGAUUCUAAGGAAAAGCUGCUGUUGGUUAAGGACAUUCCGAAUGUUUUUCUGCGUGACCCGGAGGCGUUCCGAAGUACGCUGGAAACCUACCAAAGGCUAGGCGCUUCACCGCUGGUCUUCAUCGCCACCGAAACCUCCAACAAAAAGCUGGACAUCGUGUUCAACCUGUUCACUCCGGCAGUUCUCAACGAUUUCAAAGUCCACCACAUCACGUUCAACGCCGUGUCGACGACCCUCAUGAAGAAGGCCAUCAAGCGGCUGACGUCGCUGAUGGUCGGGCCGGAAAUGUCCCGCCAGUAUCGCGUUCCGCCGCAGGACAUGAUCGACAGUGUCGUGCUCUCGUCGCAGGGAGAUUUGCGCAGUGUGACGCUUAACUUGCACUUUGCGUCGCUGAAGAAUGCGCCCCGACUGAGCACGGAGCAGCUCAACGCCGGGGAGGUGCUGAACAGUUCCGGUGUUGCGACCGGAGGUCGCGGCAAGAAGAAAGAAAGCAAACUCAAGUCGGUCGGCUGCGCCGAAAGUCUGACGCUGUUUCACGCCCUCGGCAGGGUGUUUCAUCCAAAGAUGGAACGCGUCCCCGGCCAACCGGACCGCUUCCAGCACUCGCCGGAAACCCUCGCAGAGGCGUUCACCUCGCAGCCGCACGGGCUGAUUUCCCUCGCGCACUCGAACUACGUGCUGCGCUUCACGGACAUUGACGAUAUUUGCGGGGCGGCGGACGCGCUCAGCGUCGCCGACAUCAUCAUGAGCGAGUACCGCGAGGAUCAACUGGCGGGCCAUGCGCUGAACGUGGCCAUCCGCGGGAUGAUGGUGUGCAACCGGAAGACGGCCAGCGGCUGGCACCAGAUACGGAAAACGAAGGCGUACCAGCGGCCGAGCGUUGCGGGUCAUGAGGUGCAGUUGAAGAAGUACGGGCUGGAAACGUCCUCGGUGUCGGCGGGGCUGUUUAUGACCGAUUACAAAAAGUAUCUGGAUAUCAUUUUGGCGGGGAAGGUGUGAAGCUGUGUUGGGUUAUUUUAAUUAUUAAAAUGAGUUAAAAUAAAAAUAAUAAGUUAUUCAAUUAAA